CUACGACACAGCACACACCAUGCCCCGCUGCACGCACAAGGGAUGCGGGAAGGAGUAUGACGAGGCGGACAACGCCGAGGGCAGCUGCUCGUACCACCCCGGCGCGCCGGUGUUCCACGAAGGCCUCAAGUCGUGGUCAUGCUGCAAGGAGGUCAACAAGCCCGUGAUGGAGUUUGACCAGUUCAUGGCGAUUCCCACGUGUACAAAGGGCAAGCACACGACCGAGGCCCCGGCGGCGCCCAAGCCCGCGGCAGUGAGCACCGACGCGCCGGCGAGCGUCUCGUCCUCGGGCGUGGAGACGUACGGGUCCAAGACGCCGUCCAAGCCCGCCACGCCGGCGCCCCAGGCGGCGCUGCACGCCGACACGCCCGAGCCCGAGGUCAAGGAGGACGAGCAGGACGACCUCAGCCUGCCUGUUCCCUCGGGGGCCAAGUGCAAGCGGCUCGGGUGCGGCGCCGAGUGGGAGGGCGAGGACGUCAGCCGCGGCGACGGCGCCAAGGCCGUGUGCAGGUACCAUCCGCAGGCACCCGUGUUCCACGAGGGAUCCAAGGGAUACCUCUGCUGCAAGCCCCGCGUGCUUGAAUUCGCCCAGUUCCUCAACAUCCCAGGCUGCAAGGAGGGCAAGCACCUGUUUGUCGGGCAGAAGAAGGGCGCCGAGGAGGAGCUGGUGCCCGUUAGAAUAGACCACUACCAGACGCCGCUUGAGGUGCACGUGAGCGUGUUUGCCAAGCAGACCGACAAGACCAAGUCCAAGGUGACGUUCACACCUCAGACGAUCGAGCUCGACCUCUACCUCCCAAACAACAAGCGCGUGCUGCGCACCGUGACGCUGUACGGGCCCAUCGUGCCCGAGAAGAGCAACUACCGCAUCCUGGGCACCAAGGUCGACAUCCUGCUCGUCAAGCCGGCCGUCGCGAGCUGGCCCCUGCUCGAGCUGCCCCCGCCCGGGACCGAGCUGCCGCCCGGGUACGCGCUCACGUUUGGCGUCAGCGGGCGCACGGGUACCGUCGGCGGCAAGGAGGUCGUGCUUAGUGUUGAGGAGGCUGCCAAGCAGGCGGGGGGCAAGUAGGCUGGCCGGCUGGGCUGGUGAUGAGCACGCCGGCGGCGCGGAGGAUACACGCA